ACUUUAAACUAGCUAACACAUACAGACAGCCAACUCUCCUUCCAGCAAAUCCUGGAAACUAUAACUCCCGUUACUGAGCUGGUAACAUAGACUGUAUAAAGGCUGGUAAUAACAAUAUCUACUCGUCAUCUUUUUUUGACAUACACUUCUGCAAGGACAAACUGCCCAAUGGAUUUUUUCUUUGAAGGCCUCCAAAGUACAUCCGAGUCCCGUCCAAAGACCGACUAUGUUGAUUCACAGAUGGCUGAAGAGUCUCAUGAUUUAUUGAAGUCAAAGACCUCAAGCGUGGGCAUCACUGAGACUCAAGAGCCACACACAAGCUCAAGCAUUGAUGGCAUCAGCAGAAGAGUUCAGGAUCUGGUGGAAAAGAUAAAUGACAGCCGCACCAGGGAUCAAGAAAUGAUGGACAACUUUCAGGAGAAGUUAGUUUCAAAGGUGACGGAGAUGUUUCAGCAGAUGAAAGAAAAUAUAUUUACGGUCUAUGAAGAGAACAGUAGUGUGAUGCAGAUAAAGCUGCAGGAGUUGUCUGAGGUGCUGGAGAGUUGCACUGAACUCAAUAAGGAGCUCAUGGAGGCCAGUCAGGCUCUGAAAAGUCUCAGAGAGGGCCUGGCCAUUAGCCAGGCAGCAGAACCCUAAUGAAAUUGAAGUUUCUCUGAUGUCCAAGUCAUUCCAAAUGAAUUCGUUUGUUCACAUGUUGAAAACUAGACCCAAUAUGUAUAGUAUUUGACUUUGUUAUGAUACAUUUAUGGGCUGUCCUUGUUUUAAAAACAUCCAAUACAGUAUGUUUGUGUUUAGGACACAAGUUCAGUUUAAAGCUGAUGAAUCCAUGUGUAUCAUUGUUCAAGACUGGUAACUGUUUCAAUAAUAAAUAUAAUAAAGCCAAUUGUUUGGUUCCAA